AUGGCUGCCAUCAUGCAAAGUCUCCCAGCUAGCCUUGGGUUGGGCCGAAGCUCACCCAGCCCAAACUGCCGAUACCCCAACGACACGGCCAAGCAUCAUCGAUACUCCAGGUCGACCAACGAUCAUUUUGCAGCUCGCAUCGCCCACAAGCCCUCUGCCAAGUCCUUGUCCUGGCUGCCGAGACUGGGACGCUCAAGGCCGGCCUCGCCCGCGCUGGUCGAAGGGGUGGCAGUGACUGUACACGACAACAGCGACUCGACGCUGCGCAACCGCGAGCAACAACCCCCCUGGGCUGCCACGCACGCACCACGACAAAACGUCUCCUCGGGGGCCGCCGCAGCAGCAGCAGCUCCCAGCCACUCUGAGAAGCCGCCCGCCAGCGACUGGGGCAGACGGUUCGCGAGGAAAAAGUCGCAGCUGAGCGUGCGAUUCUGCGACCAAGCCCUCGGCCGGGAUUCCCAUCCGGCCGAGACGUCGCUGCUCCCGCGCUCCGCUUCCGCCGAGCCGACCAUGCCAAUCUACCAGACACGACGACACGCAGGCGCGCAGCUUCACGACCGAUGGUGCUACUCGCCGGAGCCAGCCCGGACCCUGCCCCUUCUGGAGACGAGACCCCAGGCGCCCCGAGACGCUUCCAAGCUGUCGGGUCUCGGCGCGGGAACCACGUCAUGGCUCCUGGAAGGCCAAGAGCCCUCGGUCGCGUUGGGAAACACCAGAAGCGCGGCUUCUGUCCCUGGAAGCAAACAAAGCACGCAAUGGAAUAACAGAGCCUCCACCGCGUCCGUGUCCCCUCGUCUCGACAAGGCCCUCCCCACCCCUCCAGAGUACACCGCAUACAGCACCAUAGAAAGCACCCGGAAGAGGAUGUCGAAGCAGCCGGACUCGCGGCUCAGCCCGAAGCAAGCCAAGCCGUCCAGGCGAAGUGUGCUGAACGAGCCAAGCCUCCCGGACGGAAUCUCGGAAAACGGCCAUCAGCAUCAGCAUCAACAACAACAACAACAACAACCGCCCCCGCGCAGCGGUCGGGGCUCGCCCGACUCCGUGGCAAGUGCGUCGUCGCAACAAUCAGACGCGAGCGCAACCACGGACCGGGCCAGCCCGUCCACCGCGGCAGUGGCAAACGCCGUCGUGCACAUUGCCUUUUCCGUGGGCAGUCCGACGCAGCACCAGCACACGUUCGCGCCCAGCCCGAGCCCGCCGCCCAAGAACCCGGAGCGGUUUCUCGUCAGCAGGCGCAACGCGAGCCCGCCGCUGGCCGCCAUCAGCGAGGGCAGCGAGCCCCGCCGGCGGCAGCCCCGCGACCCCGGCAGCGACGCCAUCAUCUACCUGCCGAGCACGGCGCUCUGCAAGGCGCACCCGACCUUCCGCCACGGCCACAUUGCCUUUCUCAAGUCGGACGCCGCAGACGCAGACGCAGCCGCCGCAGACGCCGCCGCAGACGGCGGCGGGCUCGCCCCCGGCCCCUGCGACGACUACGAAAGCGACCUGGCCGACGACAUGGCCGAGUGGUUCGACACGUUUGGCUUCCAGACGCACGGGCAGCUGAUAUCCGAGGACCCGGCGCCGCCGCCGCCGCCGUGGGUGUCGUCCUCGUCCUCGCAGAGCCUGCGAUCCGCCUCGCCCUCGACCCUCAACUCGGAGGCCGAGCCGCCCGUGCCCAUGAUGCCCGUGCCCGUACCUGUCCCCAUGGGGCCCUUGAGCCCCCCGGAGCCGGUGCGCUUCUUUGCCAGCCAGUCCCCGCCGCGCAAGUGGACGCCCGCGCCGACCGCGCUCUCCGUCCGGGACGCCCAGCGCACGCAGUGCAGGCUGAGGUCCAACUCGAGCCCCUUGCCCGCCGCAUGA